AGUCAGUCUAAUCAGAGUCUCUCAGCAUGUUACCCGUGAGCUCGUUCUGCAGGGGCGUACGCCUCCUGGCCCAGCAUCAUGUGGCGGCUCUGGAGAGCUGCUCGGCCCUGUGUACGCGUCCAUCCUCGUCUUCAUGCUCAUCCUCGUUGCACGUGCCUCCUCCUGCCUGCAUGCUGCGCCCGCUCGAGGUCCCGUACCGCUACCUGUUCGGGCCCGGACCGUCUAACGUGUCGCCCCGCGUGCUGGCCGCCAGCGGGAGACCCAUCAUCGGUCACAUGCAUCCGGAAACGUACGAGAUUAUGAAUGAGAUCAAGGAAGGGAUCCGCUACGCUUUUCAGACCUCUAACCACAUGACCCUGGCGAUGAGCGGUUCGGGUCACACGGCCAUGGAGUGUGCGGUGUUUAACACGGUGGAACCGGGAGAGAGCGUGCUGGUGGCUGUUAACGGCGUGUGGGGAGAACGCGUGGCCGAAAUCGCGGAGAGAAUGGGUGCCAAAGUUCACACUGUGGUUAAAGCACCUGGUGGAUAUUUCACAAAUGAAGAAAUCGAAAAGGAGAUUUCCAAACACAAACCCGUCCUGUUCUUCCUCACACACGGAGAAUCCUCUGCUGGUCUCGCUCACCCUGUAGACGGCUUCGGAGACAUCUGCCGCAAGUAUAACUGCUUGUUCCUGGUGGAUUCGGUGGCGUCUCUGGGAGCUGCACCUCUCCUCAUGGACAAACAGAAGAUCGAUAUUCUGUACACAGGAUCACAGAAAGCCUUAAACGCUCCUCCAGGAACAGCACCAAUUUCAUUCAACGAAAGAGCAUGUCAGAAGAUGUUCAACAGGAAGACGAAGCCCGUGUCCUACCUGCUGGACAUGACUCACCUGUCCAACUACUGGGGGAACGACAGUCAACCUGCCCGAGUGUAUCAUCACACCGGCCCCGUGUCCGGAUUCUUCGCCCUGAGAGAGAGUCUCGCCAUCCUCGCAGAGAAGGGCCUGGAGAACUCGUGGAGACAACACAAAGAGGUAGCUGAGUAUCUGUGGAAGGGUUUAGAAGAUCUCGGUCUUAAACUCUUCGUCAAGGAUAAGGAUCUGAGGCUGCCGUCAGUCACCACCAUCGCCAUCCCUGAAGGUUACGACUGGAAGGAGCUUCUAAUGUACAUGAUAAAACACCACCAGAUAGAGAUGACAGGAGGCCUGGGGCCGUCCAUCGGCAUGGUGAUGCGAGUGGGGCUGAUGGGCUACAACUGCAGCACGUAUAACGCCGAUAAAGCUCUGGCAGCCCUGGCCGACGCCCUGAAACACUGCAAAAAACACAAGGCUUAAACGACGAGACGGCAAGGCUCGACUACAGGACAGCUGUGUGGACGGAAAAACGCACCACAGAGGACCUCACAACUUAAAAUCCAAAGUGUAAACAUGUGAUUCAGUACUUUACGGUGUUUUAGUAAGGACAGUUUGUGUAAGGUUUAAUCGCAGGCUGUUAGAAUGACAUAAAAAUGUACAGUAAACUAAAAUAAAUUGCUUUUAUUAUUCAAAAUGUCAUAUCCGAGUACUCGAGGCUGCACUCUGCUACGAUCCUGAGCUUUUUUUGGUGGGCGGGGUUUAUCAUUGAUGAGCUAAAGAAAUGUCUGUUUUGGGUUUUUUUUGCUUCUCAAAAAUAGUGUGUAAGAUUUAGGACUGUGUUCAUAACUCUGAGCAGAUAAAGGGGCUUCGUACUGUCACAUUGUCUGUGUGCAUGGAGUUUGCAUGUUCUCCCCGUGCUUGUUAGGUUUCCUCUGGGU